AUGAGUGAGAAAGAUACUAAGGUGUCGGAAUUCUUCCAUUCUGGUUGUACCUCUGAAGAUAUUAACAAUCUAUCGCAUGCAUUGGCUUUGAAAGAGGCGAUCGAGCCUCAUGACUACAUAUCAAAGCUCUUCAACCUAUUCACCCAGUUUAACAAUGUGUUGACUGGUUUUGAUAGAGACAUGUGGUCCUAUAUAUCAUUAGGCUACUUCAAGCAGAUACCAAAGGCUGGUGAAGUUGGUUCUUCCACUAUGCCUCAUAAAAUCAACCCCAUUGAUUUUGAAAAUAGUGAUGGCAACUUAGGUCAGGUGAAUUCUAUAUUAUCUGGUAUAAGCAUGAAACUACCAAUAUCCCGGUUACAGCUUGACCUAACAGACUUGACUGUUUUGAGAAACCUGGGUAUGGGAUUAGGUCAUUCUCUAUUGGCUUACAAAGGUACCAUGCGUGGAAUCAGCAAGGUUCAGGUAGGUGACCCAGAGCUUGUCCUUUGUCUCGUUACAGAUGAUAUAGUUGGUUACAGAUAA